AUGCCGUCGUUCGGUCCUUGGGCGGACAUUCCCCCAGAGCUCCUCGCCCUCGUCGGCGAUGGCCACCACCUGCUAGAAUUCUACUGUUGUGCCCACGGCGUCUGCACGGCGUGGCGCGCCGCCCUCCUGCCUCCAAUCCCUUCGCUCGUCACCGUCACCAUCCCACCACCCGGUGCUUCUUCCCUCUACCGGCACUUCCCGGAGGAGAUCCGUCUCCUCCCAAUGAGGAACGACAACAAGCCUGUGCCAAAGAUUGUGUUCGCGCCAAACCCCAAGCCUGAUGACUAUGUUGCCAUUGCUAUCUGCGACCUACGUCGGCUAGCCUACACCAAGACAGGGGACAUGAAGUGGAUGAUCCUUGACGUUGCCAUUAGGGAGGGGGACAAGCUCAUCGACGUGGCCUACGACACCGACGACGGCAAGCGACGGAGGCCCAUCGUUGAACCGUUGCUGGCUGAGUGCGUCGGCCUCCCGUUCAACCCCGCCGCCGCCUACGCCCCGCCAUACGACACGGCGUCCAAGUUCACAAGCGUCAAGCAUGUCUUCUUCUUCGGCGGUAACUUGUACCAAGUGUGGCGGAACGCCACCAGCGCCUGCUCUUGGCUGACGCCGGACAGUGGCCGGUUCGUCAUGUCGAAAGACCACAUCUUCGUCCUCAAGUACAACCCUGAGCGCCGGCCAUGCUGGGACGCAGUGACGGACCUGGGAGGCUACUCGGUGUUCAUCGGCAAGAACCAUCCUAUGGUGCUGCAGCCAAAGAAUGCGCCAAGCGUGACGGCCAACUGCGUGUACUGGAUCAACGAGCAAUCGAGGAAUGAACCCAUGGUGUUCGACAUGGUCACCGGGACCUCGACACUUCACCCUUCCGCCGCCAAAGCACUGUCUCCCUUGUGCAAACUAGUUUGCUGCUGGUACUUCUUGGAUGACAAGAUCACAGAGGUCCAAGACUAUGGAAGAAAACGACGUCUAAUAAGUAUAGAUCAUUGCGAGAAGGUCUCCAAGAGUAGUCGGAAGGCUCACUAG